AUGAAAUUUUUUCCUGAAAAAUUAAUAAUCAAUCAAAUCAUAUUAAACCUGCUCAUAUCCAUAUUAUUAGUCUUUUCAGUUCAUGCUGAAAAUUCGUUUUUUUCUAUUUACAUUUAUUUAUUAGGUUAUCAAGUACAUAGAAAAACUGUUCGUGAAUUCAUGACACUAGAUUAUCCUAAAGAUAUUCCCGAAGUAUACUGUGUCUAUAGUUCCGGUUUAUUAACAAUAAAAAGACUUGUUUAUAAACCACCAAGUCUAUUUCGCUUAGAAUUUCCUAAUCAGUCACCAAAGUUAGAAUAUGAAGAUGGUGAUGGUACAGUGAAUAUGCAAAGUUUACAAUAUUGUAAUAAAUGGCCUAAUGCAUCAGUUAUACACUUAGCCAUAUCUAAUCAUGUUCCAAUUUUAGCUGAUAAACGCUUUUUACAGUUUGUACAAAACCAUGUUACUACUAGUAAUUAAAAGAAAAUCAUACAUAUUAUUACGAAAUAUAAAUUCGUUAAAGAAG